UAUUUUUAAGAAUUACAUUUCUGCGUUAUUAAAGAACUAAGUUAUAAAACAUAAGAUAUUUAUUUAAUAAAGAUAUUUAGUAAAGCUAUAAUCAAAAUUAUUUGUCGAAGUUAAAUUUUGUGAAAAACAGUUGUGUUGGAAUGACUUUGCAUAAUCAUUUGGAGAUUGAGGCCGAAGCAAAUGUCGCUAAUACUCAUUUUCAAAACGAUGCUAACGAACCAAUCUCGCAAGAUACGUUCAUUGAUGUUGAUCUGAAAUCUUCAGAAAUAUCAAGUAACAAAAACAAUAAAAUAGUUGACGUUGUUUACUUUAAUCCCGAAACCGAAGAAAAUUUUAGUGUUGCAAAUGAGGAAAAUGGUGCUCCUCCACCAUAUGAAAAUUCAUUCUCACAACAUGUAAAUAAAAAAGGCAUCCGUCUUUCAUGGAACAACCUUAGCGUUACUACUAUACCUAAAGUCUCAUCAGUACAGAAGCUUUUUUCAAAAAAAUUAUCAUCCAUAGAAAACAAUGGAAAAAGGAUUAUUAAAUCAAUUAGUGGUACUGCUGAACCAUCAAGUUUAUUGGCAAUUAUGGGUGCUAGUGGAGCUGGAAAAACUACUCUUUUAAAUGUUCUCUCGCGCCAGAAUGUUAAAAAUUUGUUUAUUCAAGGUGAAGUUCUUGUAAAUAAUAAAUUCAUUCGUAAUAAGAUCAAAAAUAUAUCUGCAUAUGUCAUGCAAGAAGAGUUGUUCAUUGGAACUCUGACUGUUAGAGAGCACCUGCUUUUUCAGGCAUAUUUGAGAAUGUCAGAUCAAUUUUCAACCAAAGAAAAAGAAAAAAGGGUUGAUGAUGUUAUAUUGCAGCUUGGUCUUACAAAAUGUCAAAACACAAUAAUUGGUGUACCUGGAAGAAUUCGUGGAAUAUCUGGUGGGGAGAAUAAAAGACUUUCAUUUGCUUCAGAGAUAAUCACAGAUCCUCAACUUCUUUUUGUGGAUGAACCAACAUCAGGACUGGAUUCAUUCAUGGCGGAGAGUGUAAUAACUUGUUUACAAAAGAUUGCUAGUGAAGGUACAACAAUUAUUGCUACAAUUCAUCAGCCUUCGUCUGAGGUUUUUCAGUUAUUUGACAGAUUACUCCUAUUAUCAGAAGGGCGAACUGCAUUUUUGGGAAAGACGAUAGAUGCUAUAACAUUUUUUAAUAGAGUAAACUUUCCCUGUCCACUUAAUUAUAAUCCUGCUGAUCAUUACGUACACACACUUGCAAUUAUUCCUGGGAAAGAGGAUGAAUGUAAAGCUAGGUGUAAUGCCAUAUGUGAUGCAUUUGAGUAUGAAAACAAAACUGCUCCUAUAGAUUCUCAGCCGAUCGUUAUCAAUGAAGAUGCUGAUACUGGCUCAAAAUAUAAAGUAGGAUUUUUUACUCAACUGCGUACCACACUUUGGCGAGCCUGGAUUUCAAAUUUAAGAGAACCAUACAUUACAAAAAUUCGACUUAUGCAAAAUAUUGUGAUAGCAAUUAUUGCUGGUUUAGUUUAUUUACGUGUUGGUGAUUUAAAAGACAACAAUGAUAAAGUUUCAAAUAUCAAUGGUGCUAUCUUUUUUACUGUGACCACAAUGUCAUUUGGAUCAAUUACAGGCUCACUUUUUGUGUUUCCGGCAGAAAUACCUGUUUUCUUAAAAGAGCAUAAGCUUGGAAUGUAUAGGACAGAUGUCUACUUUUUGUCAAAAGUUAUUGCAGAAUUUCCUUCAUAUUUGAUUGGGCCGAUUCUUUAUUCAGUAAUUUAUUACUUUAUGGUUGGAUUUCGCACAACUGCUAGUGCCUUUUUUGCAUCAUUAGGCAUUUUGGAAAUUUUAGUUCAAUGUGCAUUAUCAUUUGGUUACUUAGUCUCAGCAAUGUCACCAUCAGUACAAGUUGCUACAGGAGUUGGUCCUCCUUUAAUUAUGCCAUUUAUGUUAUUUGGUGGAUUUUUUCUUAAAGAUAAGUCAAUUCCAAUUUAUUUUAUCUGGUUGAAAUGGCUUUCUUGGUUUAAAUAUUCCGCAGAGUGUCUUCAGAUUAUUCAAUGGCAUGAUUACGAUGGUUUAACUGUAUGUGAAACCAAUCGAAAUGUGACUUGCUUUUACCCCAACGGCAAUGCUGCUCUUGCUUCAUUUGGAUACUCACCUAAUAACAUGGGGCGUAAUAUCGGGCUUAUGUUUGCUUUAAUCGGAGGUUUUCGUAUUGCUGCCUUUCUUUUCGUGCUGUUGCGUGCAUAUCGAGCAAAAUGAGGGACAGUUACAUGCAUGUGUUGGUGUAUAUUCUUCGCUAUUGGUUAUUCGCAUUUUUUAAAAUUUAUAUGGUUUUAUUUAUACAUUUUAUUAAUAAGUUGUAUGUAAAUUUUAUAUUGCUUUUGUGUUUUUUUAUUGUUAGUUUUUAUUUGAAAAUUAAAUUUUUUUUGUUGCAUUUAUUUCAGAGUUCUUUUUAAGGUAGCUUCACAGGAAAUAUUUUUUUUUUA